ACAGAUUUACUGGCAAUUCCAUGUUCUUGUCAUUUUCUGUAUCCGGGUUGCUGUCAAACGGAAUUCUUGUUCUUUCUUUUUGACCGUCAGGGUGUGCGGUUGGGGUUUCGCUUGCUUCCAAGCAAAUCAUCGAAGAUGACUGAAACUUUAAAACUCAGGGGUACCCUCUGCGGCCACAAUGGAUGGGUUACGCAAAUUGCGACUAACCCCAAGUAUCCUGACAUGAUUUUGUCUUCAUCCCGAGACAAAACCCUUAUUGUGUGGAAAUUGACAAGAGACGAGACCAACUACGGUGUGCCACAGAAGCGUCUGUACGGCCACUCUCACUUCAUCUCUGACGUAGUGCUGUCCAGCGAUGGUAACUACGCUCUCUCUGGCUCAUGGGACAAGACCCUGCGUUUGUGGGAUCUCGCCGCCGGAAAGACCACCAGGCGUUUCGAAGACCAUACUAAGGAUGUGCUCUCCGUGGCAUUCUCAGUGGACAACCGUCAAAUUGUGUCUGGCUCCCGUGACAAGACCAUCAAACUGUGGAACACUCUGGCCGAGUGCAAGUACACUAUCCAGGAUGAUGGCCACAGUGACUGGGUAUCCUGCGUGCGUUUCUCACCAAACCAUGCCAACCCCAUUAUUGUCUCCGCUGGUUGGGACAGGACAGUUAAGGUCUGGCACCUUACAAACUGCAAGCUCAAGAUCAACCACCUUGGUCACUCUGGCUACUUGAACACAGUGACCGUCUCCCCUGAUGGCUCCCUGUGCGCAUCUGGUGGCAAGGACAUGAAGGCUAUGCUGUGGGACUUGAAUGAUGGCAAACACCUGCACACCUUGGACCACAAUGACAUCAUCACAUCAUUGUGCUUCUCACCUAACAGAUACUGGCUGUGUGCUGCAUUUGGUCCUUCCAUCAAGAUUUGGGAUCUGGAAAGCAAGGAGAUGGUUGAGGAGCUGAAGCCCGAGAUUAUCCACCAGAACCAGACUGUCAAGUCAGACCCACCACAGUGCCUCUCUCUUGCUUGGUCCACCGAUGGACAGACCCUCUUCGCCGGCUACUCUGACAACAUCAUCAGAGUAUGGCAGGUCUCAGUAUCUGCGCGAUAAGAGAAAUCAGAAGAAUAGUUUCAUUUAUUUUUGUUCUGAAAGUGUCAAGAGGAUAAAAAUAAAUGGAAUUGUAUUUUGA